UGAAACAACGAAAAAUUCGGCUAAUAUUUCGAUCAACGGCAAGACAAAUGGAUACGGGAUAAGAAACCGUCAAAAACAUGGGCCAUUAUUUUCCGAAAUCAAAGCCGGAAAACUCCUUCUAAGUGAAAAAAAGCCGGAAAACUCAUCAUCAAAAACGUUUCUAAAAUAGAGAAGGGUUGUCUGUCCAGUACCACACAGUUACAUUUAUAAUCUAAAUCUACAAACUCUUUUCAUUCUUUUGUGAAAUUCUAGUUCAGUACUUCAGUUACACACAAGUCACAGUCAGUGCUGUAUUGUAGUUUCUGUGUACGGAUUUUUCUUUCAGAAAGAUGGAAAGAGAAGAAAAGUCUGAGUUUGGACCUCGGUAUUUUGAGUUAAAUACGGGGGCAAAGAUGCCAUCCGUCGGAUUGGGAACGUGGAAAGCUCCUCCGGGUGUCGUCGGAGACGCAGUGAUCACAGCAGUCAAGGCUGGCUAUAGGCAUAUCGACUGUGCUUAUGUGUAUGAUAACGAAAAGGAGGUUGGCAUGGCUCUGAAGGAGUUAUUUUCUACGGGUGUGGUGAAGCGUAGUGAGAUGUGGAUCACAUCCAAGUUAUGGUGUAGUGACCAUGCGCCUGAGGACGUUUCCCAGGCACUGAGCAGGAGCUUAGAAGAUCUCCAGCUUGACUAUGUUGACCUUUAUCUUAUACAUUGGCCGUUUCGGACCAAGCCGGGAUCUCGUGGGUUUGACCCAGAAGUCAUGGCUCCUCUGUGCCUUUCAGAGACGUGGACUGCAAUGGAGGGAUUGUUUGCAUCAGGGCAAGCAAGAGCAAUCGGGGUGAGCAAUUUCUCUACAAAGAAGCUGGAGGACCUGAUAAAAUAUGCAAAGGUGCCGCCUGCUGUGAACCAGGUUGAAUGCCACCCUGUCUGGCAGCAACUUGCACUGCACAACUUGUGCAAAUCAACCGGUGUUCAUCUCUCGGCAUAUUCUCCUUUGGGAUCCCCAGGAUCAUGGAUCAAAGGAGAGAUUCUGAAGGACCCAACACUGAUUGAGAUUGCUGAGAAGCUAAACAAAUCACCUGCACAAGUGGCUCUACGUUGGGGUAUUCAGAGUGGUCACAGUGUGCUUCCAAAGAGCGUAAAUGAGUCUAGAAUCAAGGAGAAUCUCAGUUUAUUUGACUGGUGUAUUCCUCCAGAGCUCUUCUCCAAAUUCUCCAAUAUCCACCAACAAAGGCUCCUGCGAGGAGAGUUCGCCGUCCAUGAAACCUGUAGUCCAUACAAGAGUCUCCAGGAACUGUGGGAUGGCGAAAUAUGAGAUUAAUCUUCCAUAUUUGCAUUACAGAAAGAGAUUCUGAUGAAGGUUGUUGAAUUGACUUCUGGUAACUUUCUUGCGUAAAUUUCCUUGCUUCUGAUCCCCUAGGAAUUGAAUCGCUGGGCAAAAUGCUAUUAGGCCAACGCGCGGUACAUGCGAGGAAUUUCUGUGAAGUUCAGUCAAUUAUUCAAUUAUAGCAGUCAGCUAAGUUAUGCCGAAGGAUCAGACCCAUCUUUGCUCUAUGAAGUCCUCGCUCAUUUUCUUAAAGAGAGCUUAGCUAUGUAGCAUAAAACAUGCUCAUCAAUGUGGUGGAUUUUGAACCUCAGGCAAAACAAGCCAUGAGACGAAGUAAACUUGUGUUAUCUUUCUUCACAAUUAAAUACAUAUUUCUCUUUUUUACUUAA